UUAUCAUCCCUGCUGCUAAUUUUCUGUUUCCCCUGUGUGAGCUGACACUGCUGCUCUCAGUUUGAACAUAAAAAACAGCCAACGAGGGUGAAGACAUUGGUUUAACCAUGAUAGUCGUUACACGACAAGUGUCAAUCAGAGAGUCCACCCCGUUGUUUUUACAUUUUAGGACUGUGUAUAAUAGAAGAGAAAUUUUGUAGAAAGAUUAACAUUAAAGGUCACAUAGAACGAGAAACAUUAAGUAAAACCGUAGAGCAAAAAAAAAAAAAAAAAUUCAUGGCAAAUGGACAACCAGUUCCUUAGUUUGACUGGAAGCACACCAUCAUCGAUGAAUGUCCUAAAAUCGGUGAUUUGGUAUUUAUUAUAUUUAAAUUUGUGAUUUUUGACUUGAUCCUAAAUGACUUAAAAUUAAAGAAUCUGAUUUUAUUUCUUUGAUUAAGGCUGUUAGCAAAUAUCCUUAGGAACAUCUCGGGUAACUGGGUGAGUUGACUUGGAUUUGCACCUAGUUGAGCUAUAAAUUUGUUUUUAGAAUUGAAACCUUACAUAUAUUUGACUGGUAUAUUUAACUCUGAAUUUUACCACUUUUCUCCAAUUUCUGUAGUGACCUUAUUUUGUGACUUUUUUUUAGAUAUGAAACAUUUUGGACUCUACAGGAACCUGAAAAAAUACCUUUAUUAUAGUAAACUUAACACUGACCUUGAGUCACUCUUGAGCUGUAGUUGUAGCCUGAUGGUGAUGGACCACAGAGACUCAGUCUGAACCCAAACUUGUCUUCAUUCUCUCAGGGACACGUUGAUCGUGUUCUGCGCUCACGUUGGACUGACUUUUUCUUCGGUGACUUGGACUUAGGCGUAGAUACAAACACAGAGGCCUCGUCUCCAUCUGUGCCUCAUAUUUAUAGCUGUCAAACACACAUUGGUUUCACUAAUGCAGUAUGGACCACUGUGUUUUUUAUAUGAAUUCUUUAAAAACACCAGUAAGACCUAUUAAUGAUCUCAUUUAUUAUAAAUUUCCAUCCAAUUCAACAAACAACAAAUGUUGCGUCGUCAAUACCUGUAGAGCUUAAUUGCACCUGAUAAGAUGGAAUUCCAAUUCUGUCCACACGAGGGCACUAUUGUACUAUAUACGAAUUUGAGUUGCUAAAAUCACUAAUGUGUCUUCAUAUAUAAUUAUAUUUUAGACUCUUUUUUAUUAAAACCGCAUUAACAGAACUGAACUACAGAAUGGUGAUUUUCAUAUUAAUUAUUCAAUUGCUUGCCUUUCAGUUAUUAUUUUUUGAGGCCCAGGACGACAAGGAUCAGAGCCUCCGUAUAAGGUCCAAACUCUGACGUUCCGGUGUUGGCAUGACUGUUUCCUGUGAGUUUGACGAAGCCCAGCGAUACAAACACUCACGCCUGCUCCUACACUCCGUCGGUUAAACACCGGUGGUGGGCUACAGGAGCGGGACCUGGACCUGGACUCAACAAAACCCGCCACUCAGGAUGGACUGGACCACUGGAGUGCUGCAGUCACAGAAAAACACCGUGAAGAAACACUGGCUGCUGACAGAGGGUUUGCCCUCUGGUGGAAUAUAAACAUACUGUGUGGUUAGAGGUCACAGAGGAGCAGACAGACGACCGACCUUAUAGAGUGACUCGACACAUGCCAGAAGAUGAGUCACAGGUGAGGGGUAGAUGAUGGAGCGGCAGCUGAGACCGUCUGGAGGAUCAUGAAGCUAAUUGAAGCAGCAAACUGGGAAAAAUAAAGUUGACCUCGGUGUAUUUAUUUGACCAGUCGCCGUCUUGGGCAACAGAAGAAGAGAAGCAAUGACCUAAUUCACUGUGCCUGACCUCAUACUGAUAAGUCGUCCGCCUCCUCAUCGGGUGAUGGAAUGUAAUCAGAAAUGGACUCUUAUCAUCGAUGCCGGGGUGUGUGAGGUGACCUGAUAUUUUCUCGGUGUACGUGUGUGUGGACGACUGUUAAAGUCAGGGGUUUGAGGUCUCGACGCCACAUGCAGCAAUGUUACGGCGCGGCCUGCUGACCUGGGUCUCCCGUGUUGGAGGCGUGCUGGUUUUCCUUUGCUGCUCCCUGUCACUGCUCUACGUGAUGACCUGUAGCCCCCCACAGUCCGACGAGCCGCCCCUGGGUCACGCCUUACCCCGCCGUGGGUCAAACCACCCCAGUCUGGGGGGCACUGGUCCAGGGAUCGGAACAGGAGCGGGUGGAACAGGGGGAGGCGGAGGCGCACCUGCUCAGAGUGGCGGGUCACCAGGUGUUCAGUCGUAUCAGGUGCUCCUCCAGGAGCGUGAGGAGCAGCAUCGCCACUACAUCUCCUCCUUGAAGAAAGAGAUCGCUCAGCUGAAGGAAGCCUUGCAGGAGCGGAGCCAGCAGCUGAAAGGAGUUCAGGAGAGUCUGAAAAGAGGUUCCGGGGGCCCCGCCGAGGGACAGGAAGCUGGGAUCGCUCCCCAGGGAGGUGGUCCUGGAGAGACCCAUGGAGCCAGGAGCCAACAGGCUGAUAUCCAGGAGUUUUUGAGGAGCCAGCUCUCCAAGGCUGAGGUGACUGCUGGCAUCAGGCUGCCGAGUGAAUAUGCAGUGGUGCCGUUUGAAAGCUUCACCCUUCAGAGAGUGUACCAGCUGGAGAUGGGGCUGACGCGUCACCCGGAGGAGAAACCGGUGAGGAAGGACAAGAGAGAGGAGCUAGGGGAGGUGCUGGAGACGGCUCUGCUCAGCCUGAACACCCCUUCGACCCAGAGAGGUGCAGCGGAGAAGACACAGACCAGCAAAGUUUAUGCUCCAUCUGAUUUCAUAGAAGGUAUCAGACGUACAGAGAGGGACAAAGGGACGCUGUACGAGCUCACCUUCAGAGGCGAGUCCACCCAUGAAUUCAGGCGCCUGGUCCUGUUCCGCCCCUUUGGACCUCUGAUGAAGGUGAAGAACGACCGGGUGGACACGGCCAACGUGCCCAUCAACAUCAUCGUCCCGCUGUCCAGACGUACGGACAAGUUCAAGCAGUUCAUGCAAAACUUUAGGGAAGUGUGUGUGCGUCAGGACGGCAGGGUCCAUUUAACAGUGGUGUAUUUUGGGAACGAACAGAUGAGUGAGGUCCGCAGCACUCUGGAGAACAUGUCCAGGGAAGUUCACUUUAAAAACUACACUUUGCUACAACUGGACGAGGAGUUUUCCAGAGGAAGAGGUCUAGACGUCGGAGCCCGAGCCUGGAAAGGAGGCAACGUGCUCCUGUUCUUCUGCGACGUGGACAUCUAUUUCACUGCUGACUUCCUCAACAGCUGUCGACUCAACACACAGCCAGGUAAGAAGGUUUUCUAUCCGGUGUUAUUCAGCCAGUACAACCCCACCUUGAUCUAUGGAGGCGCUGAACACAUCCCAACUGUGGAGCAACAGCUGGUGAUCAAGAAAGACACAGGCUUCUGGAGGGACUUUGGUUUCGGGAUGACCUGCCAGUACAGGUCUGACUUCAUUAACAUAGGAGGCUUCGACAUCGACAUUAAAGGCUGGGGGGGCGAGGACGUCCACCUCUACAGGAAGUAUCUUCACAGUAACCUCCUGGUGGUUCGAGCACCCUCGCGAGGCCUGUUUCAUCUCUGGCAUGAGAAACACUGUGCUGACGAACUCCCUCCUGAUCAGUACCGCAUGUGCAUGCAGUCCAAGGCCAUGAACGAGGCCUCGCACGGUCAGCUGGGAAUGCUGUUCUUCAGACACGAGAUCGAGGCUCACCUCCGUAAACAGAAGCAGCAGCACAACACAAAUCCCAAAAAGACAUGAAGACUUAACAGGGAUUUCUUUUCAUCAGUGCAGUGACUGCAAUCAGAAGACACUGUGAUGUGGCGGUCAGGAUGGUCAGUGGGUUCCAGUUAUCCUUAAACAAACUGUUCAGUGAUAUUUAGGACAAUCAACUGAAGAAAACGUUAAAACUAUGACUAAAUC